AAUUUUGUCACGAGUUUCAUUUUUCUUUUUUCUCGUCGUAUAGCGCGCCCUCAGUUCUCUCUAAUUCGCUUACGGGAAUUCUUGUUCAAUGUCGCGACGACUGCUUAUCAACAUCAUAUAAACACGCAACUCCUGUUCUUCCUUGAUCUUACUGUCUGAACGUUUUGUUAGCAUUUGCAAAGAACAAUUUAAUCAAUUCAAUUGAAGAAAAAACAAAAUAACAGGAAAGAAAUUAAACAGUUCAAUUCGAUUGAUUUGAAUCGAUCAGAGUUGAAAAUGGAGGGAGGAGGAAGUCGUCCCAAAAUCCUUGUGACCAACGACGAUGGCAUCUACGCCCCUGGCAUUCGAUCUCUCAUCCAUGUCCUCGUCUCCACCAAUCGCUACCAUGUUCUCGUCUGCGCUCCUGAUCAGGAAAGAUCUGCUGUCAGUCACUGUAUCACUGCUCGUGGCGCGCUUCAAGUUACUCCUGUUGAAAUUGAAGGGGCAAUUGCCUAUGGUACCUCAGGAACUCCAGCAGAUUGUGCUUCUCUGGGUCUAUCCGGAAUCCUCUUUCCUGGAACAAUCCCUGAUUUGGUUGUUAGUGGCAUUAACAAGGGAUCGAAUUGUGGAUACCACAUUGUAUACUCUGGGACUGUAGCUGGUGCACGGGAGGCAUUUAUGUAUGGCUUCCAUUCUUUAUCCAUUUCAUACAACUGGGUAAGAGGCAAGAGCUUAGAAAAUGACUUCAAGAUUGGUGCAGAGGCUUGUUUACCGAUCAUUGAUGGAAUCUUGAUGGAGAUAAAAAAUGAAGGUUAUGCUCGUGGUUGUUUUCUUAAUGUGGAUCUUCCGACAGAUGUUGCUCAUCAUAAGGGUUAUAAGGUGACCAGACAAGGGACAUCUAUGAUUAGAACUACAUGGGAGCAAAUCACCUCCGAUGGUAAUUGCCAUGGAGCUGUUUUGAUGGACCACAAAUUUGGAGUGGAACAUGAUCAGGUUCCACUUCAGCGAAUGGCUUCGGGAAUAGAGAAUGUCAAGAUUGGUUCAAUUGGUGAGCCUUCAAAAGAAAACUUACUAUUCAAGAGAGAGAUAUCUGAGCAUGAAUAUGGAGAAGAAGGAGAGGAUAUGGAUUUUGGAGCACUUCAGCAAGGAUAUAUUACAAUUACCCCACUUGGUGCGCUUUCUCGUGAGGAGAUGGGCGUCCAGAUGUAUUUCAAGGAUUGGUUGCUUCGCAUGCCUGAGCUCUCGACAGCUUCCUCCUUGUAAAAUGGUUUUCAAUCCGGAGGAAACCAGUCACUUAUACUAUUGGCUUAUCUUUUACAACAAAAAAGGCAAAAAGGUGCUGAUAAUUACUUAUGGGACAAUUUGGUUAAAGUGCCAGGCUGGCAGAUUUGAGCUUAGUGAGACUGGAUUCUGAGUCUCCUGCUAAUUGGCUGCUUCCAUUGAAAAGGUGUGAUCCACCAUUUAGACCUGUGUUUUAGGUUCAAUAUCCAUCAAUAGGCUUCAGAUGGAAUCUCACAUGGGAUAAUGAUUACAUCACUUUGUGAUCAAAAACAUAUUUUUAAGAUUAUUCUCAAUAUUUCUCAUUGAAACAAUGGCUAUUUGAUAUAGAAUAAACAUUUUGUUUGAUGAAAUAGGUAAGAUAAGAUAUGUUUCGAAUGACUCGUUACAAAUAAUACAAUGUUCAGAAAUAGGCUUGUAACUCUUAAAAUAUAUAGCUUGUAAUCUUACUCUU